ACAUUGUAGUGUUUUGAGAAGUGCGCCCUAGAAAUAUGUGCGCUGUCGCUUUAAGAUCCCUUAGCUAGUCUGCUUCGUAUUGAUCAAUCCACCAUUUUCCAACACACAGCACACUCAGCGGCAGUGGUAACGCAGCGACGGCGGCAGCAGAAAGCCCUACCUGGAGACGCCAGGACCUGGGGCAGUCAUGGCAGCCAACAUGUAUCGGGUUGGAGAUUAUGUAUAUUUUGAAAACUCCUCCAGUAACCCCCUACUCAUCAGGCGAAUAGAAGAGCUGAACAAGACCGCGAAUGGGAAUGUGGAGGCCAAGGUGGUGUGUUUCUACAGGCGCAGGGACAUCUCCGGCACACUGAUUGCCUUGGCUGACAAACAUGCACGAGAGAUGGAGGAGGAGAUGGAGAACCCUGAGAUCCUGGACCUGCCCGAGAAGCAGAAGCACCAGCUCCGUCACCGAGAGCUCUUCCUCUCUCGCCAGCUUGAGUCACUGCCUGCCACACACAUCAGGGGGAAGUGCUGUGUCACACUCCUAAAUGAGACGGAGGCGCUUAAAUCCUACCUGGACCGGGAGGAUGCCUUCUUCUACUCCCUGGUGUAUGAUCCCCAGCAGAAGACCCUGCUGGCCGAUAAAGGGGAGAUCCGCGUUGGAAACAAGUAUCAGGCAGACAUCACAGACUUCCUGGCAGAGGGGGAAGAGGACGACAGAGACCUUACCAAACUGGAGGAGAAGGUCUGGGACCCCAGCAGUUUGAUCACAGAGAAACAGAUUGACCAGUUUUUAGUGGUGGCACGGUCUGUGGGCACGUUCGCGAGGGCCCUGGACUGUAGCAGCUCCGUGCGGCAGCCCAGCCUUCACAUGAGCGCAGCGGCUGCCUCCAGAGAUAUCACACUGUUCCAUGCCAUGGACACGCUGCAUAAGAACGGUUAUGACAUGACACGGGCCAUCGCGGCGCUGGUGCCCCAGGGUGGGCCGGUGCUGUGCCGGGACGAGAUGGAGGAGUGGAGCGCCUCCGAGGCCAACCUCUUCGAGGAGGCUCUGGAGAAAUACGGCAAAGACUUCGCCGACAUCCAGCAGGACUUUCUUCCCUGGAAGUCCUUGACCAGUAUUAUUGAGUAUUACUACAUGUGGAAGACCACGGACAGAUAUGUACAGCAGAAACGGUUAAAAGCAGCAGAGGCCGAGAGCAAGCUGAAGCAGGUCUACAUCCCCAACUAUAACAAGCCCAACCCUAACCAGCUGAGCUCCAACAGUGUGAAGCUGGCCGGCCUUGUGAACGGAAGCGGGGCAGCGGCCGCCGGGGGCGCAGCCGGAGCAGCAGUCGCAGUCGCAGCCGCAGCAGCAGCAGCAGCAGCAGCAGCAGCCGCAGCAGGAGCAGCCGCAGCAGCAGCCGCAGCAGCCGCUGCAGGAAUCGCAGCAGGAACCCCAGGAAUCCCAGGAGUCGCAGCAGGAACCCCAGGAGUUCCAGGACUUCCAGGAGUUCCAGGAAUCCCAGGAGUUCCAGGAGUUCCAGGCGUUCCAGGAGCCCCGGGCCAGCCAGCAGUGCUGGGCCGUGCCUGCGAGAGCUGCUUUAACACCAACUCGUAUCAGUGGUACUCGUGGGGUCCUCCCAACAUGCAGUGUCGGCUGUGCGCCACCUGCUGGACAUACUGGAAGAAAUAUGGCGGCCUGAAGAUGCCCACGCGCCUGGACGGGGAGAGGCCGGGACCCAACCGCAACAACCCGAAUGCUCACAACAUGCCAGUUCGACACAGCGGCAGCCCCAAGUUUGCGGCGAAGACGAGGCAGGCCUUCUACCUGCACACGACCCAGCUGACCCGGGCGUCCCGCCGCGCCUGCCAGGACCUGCUGCGCUCCCACUUCCUGGGCCGACACCCCUACAACCCGGUCAACGCCGCCGCCGUCAAGGCUGAGAGCGUGGUGCGGUUGCCAGAUGUUCCCAAAAAGCUGCUGCCGCUCAAGCCGUUGGUGAGGAAGCCUCUGGAGUCCGUGGUUCGAUACCUAGAGGCCCACCCGUGGGCUCCCAAGCCUGAGGUCCAGCGCAGUGCCACCAUCUCCACCAGCAGCCUGACGCCCAUCAAGUCCUCGCCCAUCCUGAACAACGGCUCGCCCACCAUCCUGGGCAAACGCAACUACGAGCAGCACAACGGCCUGGAGGGCACCAAGCCCAAACAACACACCCCCCAGUGGGACAUCAUGUCCAAGCGUGUGUGUGAGCCGACCAGGAACGUCGCCCCCUUGCAGGAUCAGGUCCACGAACUGGACUGACAUCCCCCCACCCCAAGAAGGUGACCACCAUACUGCACAGAGACAAGGCCUCAGACAGGAGGCGGCUGAGGGAAGAUGACGUCCGCAGUGUUUGACCACCAGCCAGCCUGCACUGUCCACUCGGCCAGUCACUGAGCCCGAGCCUUGCAGGAACUGACCAAUCGUCUCACCGGGUUAUAGGCUUCAACCUAUCAACGGGCUCGGCUGUCUGUACAGGACUGUUUAUUCACCAUUAUUAUUAUUAUUGUUGUUGUUAUUAUUAUUAUGACAAUGUCUGCCAUUGUAAUUAUAUUCUUGUUUUUUUUUUAUCAGCUGUAAUCAUAUGCUUAUCAGUUAAUUGUUGAAAAAAAAAAUUGAAGGAAUGCAAAAAAAAAACAUGAAGCCCAUAUAGGCCCGAGAACUUCAGGGCCACCUGCAUCAGUUUUUGCCCUGUUUUUUGGUCCUUUUCUUUUUCCCUGUUUUCAGAAAUGUCAAAAUGAAAGACAAAACAUGAGAGAGAGGGGGGAUGUUUUUUUUUGUAUGUUUAUUGACUGGAUGAAUACCCCCUCCCCAGUUCUGCUUGCUAUUUUUUGUUUGUUUUAUUUUUUUGCUUUUGUUUUUGUUUUUUGAAAAAGAAAAAAAAAUGUCCUCUAAGUCCCUUCUGCACGCUGAUGGAUUUAACUUAUUGAGAAAGACUAAGACGUGCUCUUUUUUUACCUUUUCAUAAAUAAUGCAUCUUCUGCUUCGAUGAUGUCAUUAAAAAUAAGACUAUUUGGUU